UCAACGACGUGAAAUAUGCAUUGUAUUGUAUUGUAAUGUAUUGUAUUGUGAUGUGUCAUGGUAUAGUGCCCUAUGUGUGUUACACGCGUGCCUCUUCUCAUCUUUCGAUAUUUCACCGGGAAUUCACAAUUGACACACUUUCAAACCAUUUAUGGCUUUGAGCCUCCAGGCAGUGUGCGCGCUCGCCUUGAGUCUCGCUUUCGUCGGCACGAGUGUGAUCAAGAGAGACACUGCAUGUGCAGCCAGUCACUCCUGCCCAAAGCCCGGGGGUGGAUGUGUGCCUCUGAAUGAGACCUACGAACUAAGCCCCUGCUCCAAGCUGACUUGCACUGUGGAGUCAAGUGUCUAUUGGCUGCGCGGCACCAUGGGAUGUGCCAUCUCCAAUGGAAACUGCGUGAACGUGGGCCAGGUAUAUUCAUUCAACGCCUGUACAAAUGUGACCUGCACGUUCUCCAACUCAUCUCUCAUAUUCAAAGGCACUUAUAACUGUGCCCAUGGUGACCCACUCUCGUGCUAUGGAGAAGGCACAAAUAUGACCAUUGAAGGCUGUAAGCACAGAUGUGUUUUCAGUGGAAACACCAUCGGCUUCAUGAAAGUAAAUUCCAAUUGUGAGUAAGCCACACACAGACUGCAGGUGCAGUCAUUAACCAAGGCAGUUUGUUGGAAUAACAGCAAUAAACUUAUGUACUAGAACUCUCAA